AUGGAGACAGGGGCCCUGUGUCCUCAGCCCAGCCCUGGCACGAGAGAUGGUGUAGUGCCCAACGGGCAGAGAGCCGAGAGCGUAGUGCCCAACGGGGCGACAGCCGAGAGCACGGUGCCCAACGGGCCGAGAGCCGAGAGCACGGCGCCCAACGGGCUGACAGCCGAGAGCCGACAGCGUAGUGCCCAACGGGGCGACAGCCGAGAGCACGGCGCCCAACGGGGCGACAGCCGAGAGCACGGCGCCCAACGGGGCAACAGCCGACAGCCGAGAGCACGGCGCCCAACGGGGCGACAGCCGAGAGCACGGCGCCCAACGGGGCGACAGCCGAGAGCACGGCGCCCAACGGGGCGACAGCCGAGAGCCGAGAGCACGGCGCCCAACGGGCUGACAGCCGAGAGCCGAGAGCACGGCGCCCAACGGGGCGACAGCCGAGAGCCGAGACCGAGAGCCGAGAGCGUAGUGCCCAACGGGGCGACAGCCGAGAGCCGAGAGCACGGCGCCCAACGGGGCGAGAGCCGAGAGCGUAGUGCCCAACGGGGCGAGAGCCGAGAGCCGAGAGCACGACGCCCAACGGGGCGACAGCCGAGAGCCGAGAGCACGGCGCCCAACGGGCUGACAGCCGAGAGCACGGCGCCCAACGGGGCAACAGCCGAGAGCCGAGAGCGUAGUGCCCAACGGGGUGACAGCCGAGAGCGUAGUGCCCAACGGGGCGACAGCCGAGAGCCGAGAGCACGGCGCCCAACGGGGCGAGAGCCGAGAGCCGAGAGCACGGCGCCCAACGGGGCGACAGCCGACAGCCGAGAGCACGGCGCCCAACGGGGCGACAGCCGAGAGCACGGCGCCCAACGGGGCAACAGCCGACAGCCGAGAUGCCCAACGGGGCGACAGCCGAGAGCCGAGAGCACGGCGCCCAACGGGGCGAGAGCCGAGAGCGUAGUGCCCAACGGGGCGAGAGCCGACAGCCGAGAGCACGACGCCCAACGGGGCGACAGCCGAGAGCCGAGAGCACGGCGCCCAACGGGGCGACAGCCGAGAGCACGGCGCCCAACGGGGCAACAGCCGAGAGCCGAGAGCGUAGUGCCCAACGGGGUGACAGCCGAGAGCGUAGUGCCCAACGGGGCGACAGCCGAGAGCCGAGAGCACGGCGCCCAACGGGGCGACAGCCGAGAGCCGAGAGCACGGCGCCCAACGGGGCGACAGCCGAGAGCACGGCGCCCAACGGGGCAACAGCCGACAGCCGAGAGCACGACGCCCAACGGGGCGACAGCCGACAGCCGAGAGCACGGCGCCCAACGGGGCGACAGCCGAGAGCCGAGAGCACGGCGCCCAACGGGGCGACAGCCGAGAGCCGAGAGCACGGCGCCCAACGGGGCGACAGCCGAGAGCACGGCGCCCAACGGGGCAACAGCCGACAGCCGAGAGCACGACGCACAACGGGGCGACAGCCGACAGCCGAGAGCAUGGCGCCCAACGGGGCGACAGGCGAGAGCACGGCGCCCAACGGGGCGACAGCCGAGAGCACGGCGCCCAACGGGGCGACAGCCGACAGCCGAGAGCACGGCGCCCAACGGGGCGACAGCCGACAGCCGAGAGCACGGCGCCCAACAGGGCGACAGCCGACAGCCGAGAGCACUACGCACAACGGGGCGACAGCUGACAGCCGAGAGCACGGCGCCCAACGGGGCGACAGCCGACAGCGUAGCGCCCAACGGGGCGACAGCCGAGAGCACGGCGCCCAACGGGGCGACAGCCGACAGCGUAGUGCCCAACGGGGCGACAGCCGAGAGCACGGCGCCCAACGGGGCGACAGCCGACAGCGUAGUGCCCAACGGGGCGACAGCCGAGAGCACAGCGCCCAACGGGGCAACAGCUGACAGCCGACAGCGUAGUGCCCAACGGGGCGACAGCCGACAGCGUAGUGCCCAACGGGGCGACAGCCGAGAGCACGGCGCCCAACGGGGUGACAGCCGACAGCGUAGUGCCCAACGGGGCAACAGUCGAGAGCACAGUGCCCAACGGGGCGACAGCCGACAGCAUAGUGCCCAACGGGGCGACAGCCGAGAGCACGGCGCCCAACGGGGCAACAGCCGAGAGCCGAGAGCACGGCGCCCAACGGGGCGACAGCCGACAGCCGAGAGCACGGCGCCCAACGGGGCGACAGCUGACAGCCGAGAGCACGGCGCCCAACGGGGUGACAGCCGACAGCUGACAGCACGACAGCUGACAGCAUGGUGCCCAACGGGGUGACAGCCGACAGCACAGCGCCCAAUGGGGCGACGGGCGACAGCCGACAGCGUGGCGCCCAACGGGGCGUGGUGUGUCCCAACGACCAAAGCCCAGGCGUGGCACAGGGAAAAGGCAAGGCACGCAACGGGAUGACAACUCAAUGGCAUUGUGCCCAAUGAUGGUGUAGCCCAAAGACAAUGACAGCCAAACGGCCUAGGACCCAAUGGGGCAGCAACCCAGUGGCAUGGCCCACAAUGGUGGGCAGCCAAAUGGUACCACCUUGCUCAAUUGGGCUGACAACCAAACCAUGUUAUGAUCAAUGGUGGUGCAGCCCAGUGGUAGGAACAGCUAAAUGGCAUCAUGCCCAGCCAUGGUGCAGCUCAGUGCCAACCAAACGACACUGUGCCCAAUGCAAGAUGCUUUAAACUGUCAUUACAUCCCAACCAAAUUGUGUCAUCGCCCUGCACUGAAAUGUCAUCAGACUGCGCUAAAACAUUCCCCCCUCUGUAAAGAGGGAGAUUCGCGGACGUUGAAGCCAAAAGAGACCAUUUUGAUCAGCUGAUCUGUCUUCUGGCAGAAAACAGACCAGAGACUCCUACCCGGUGAUUCCUGAAGCAAGCCCCAAACUUCUCUCUGAGUUUGAGCAUCUCCUUUAGAAAGACAUCCAGACUUGAUUUAUGUCCCAGGGGAGUUCUGACGAUAAAUCCCUUCAGCUCUGUGAUGUGCUCAGUUGGGUGGUGAGCACCACCAGAAAGACCAGGAGGAAACAUCAUCUAACUGCCUGGAAAUGUCACUGGUGCAGCCCAGUGUCAUCUUGUCACAGCUGAACAUCAUGUGAAAUCAUCUGUAUGUGGCAUGAAAAUGAGGUCUGAAGCCAUGGACAUAAAGGAUGGGUUACCCAUCCCUUGUAGAAUCUUAGAAGGCUUGUGAUACGCAGCGUCCACCAUCCUCAUUUAUGCAUGACUUAAGUAAAUGAUCAGUGACUUAUUUAUGAAGCACAUUGAAGGAAUCAGUCAGAAAACAAGCUGAGAGCUUCCUCCUUCUCAUCAACGUUGGGGUUUUAAUAAUACUCUGACCAUCUCCGGCGUCUUCCAUCCAACGCGUUCAAGCACUUUGCCAACAUUAAUGGCUUGAGCUUCGCAAUGCUCCUGGGAGUGCCCCGGGAGGCGAGCGUGCGGGUGUGUGCGGAACGCGACUCUUCCUGUGGGGACCGUGUGAGGACAAUCUUUAUUUCAGAGGCGAAGACAGAGCUGAGGGAAUCAGGAGCCCCACACCGGUCUGGCUU